UCUGCACAUUAUUUUCUUGCGAGUUGCUUUCACAGCCGGUAAACUCAGACCUCACGUUGUGUUUGUCUCUCCGGGUCACAACGACAUCGUUGCUCCUCUAUGCGGGGAGUCUAUUACGUUUUGGCUUUAGAGCUGGCUAUGGGGUCAGGGGUUAAACUAAGAAGAGCAAGUUGCUUCAGAGCCGAAGGGAAUACACAACUUAAACUGCUGCCAUGUGCAACUGUGUGGAAAGCAGAGAUCAGCAGAGGAUCCUGUAUCCCAGCAGAUCAUGCGUUCCACAUAAGACCAAAGAAGGAGGCGAAACUGGGCUUGGACGGGGACCGAAGGAGGGACUGGCAUGAUCAGGAAGCCAUCAGGAGGGACGCAGCUCGCUCAGGAGAUGGAGAGCAAGGAAAGCCUUUCCCCUUGACUGAUGCAGAUCGAGAGGACCAGGCCUACAGGGAGAAUGGAUUCAACAUCUACGUGAGCGACAAGAUCUCUGUGAACCGCUCCAUACCGGACAUCAGACACCCAAACUGCAGAACGAAGCUGUACUUGGAAAAGCUGCCCAAUACAAGCAUCAUAAUCCCAUUCCAUAACGAGGGCUGGUCAUCCCUGCUGCGCACCGUGCACAGUGUGCUGCACCGCUCUCCCCCGCAGCUCCUUGCUGAGAUCAUACUGGUGGACGACUUCAGCGACAAAGAACACUUGAAGACUGCUCUGGAAGACUACAUGGUCCGCCUGCCCAAGGUGAGGAUCGUCCGCACCAAGAAGAGGGAGGGCUUGAUCCGAACACGGCUGCUCGGGGCCUCUGUGGCCAUCGGGGGAGUGAUCACCUUCCUGGACUCGCACUGCGAGGCCAACGUCAACUGGCUGCCCCCUCUCCUUGACAGGAUAGCCCAAAACCGGAAGACGAUUGUGUGUCCCAUGAUUGAUGUGAUCGACCACGACAACUUCGGCUACGAAACCCAGGCAGGAGAUGCCAUGCGAGGAGCCUUCGACUGGGAGAUGUACUACAAGCGCAUCCCCAUUCCCUCGGAGAUCCAGAACAGUGAUCCCAGCGAGCCUUUCGAGUCCCCUGUUAUGGCCGGGGGAUUGUUUGCUGUUGACAGAAAGUGGUUCUGGGAACUCGGGGGCUACGACACUGGCCUCGAGAUCUGGGGAGGAGAGCAGUAUGAGAUCUCGUUCAAGGUGUGGAUGUGUGGUGGCCGCAUGGAGGAUAUCCCCUGCUCCAGGGUGGGGCACAUUUACAGGAAGUACGUCCCCUACAAGGUUCCUGGGGGCGUCAGCCUGGCCAGGAAUCUGAAGCGUGUGGCCGAGGUGUGGAUGGACGAGUAUGCAGAGUACAUUUACCAGCGCAGGCCCGAGUACAGACACCUCUCUGCUGGGGACGUGAGCACGCAGAAGCAGCUCAGGAGGACCCUGAACUGUAAAAACUUCAAGUGGUUCAUGACAGAGGUGGCCUGGGAUCUGCCCAAGCACUACCCACCCGUGGAGCCUCCGGCAGCGGCAUGGGGAGAGAUCCGCAACAUAGGCACUGGCCUGUGUGUGGAGAGCAAGCACAGCGCCUCGGGCUCCCCCAUCAGACUGGAAUCCUGCCUCAAAGGAAGAGGGGAGGGUGGGUGGAAUCACAGACAGGUCUUCACGUUUGGCUGGCGUGAAGAUAUCCGGCUGGGGGACCCGUUGCAUGUGAAGAAGGUUUGCCUCGACGCAGUUUCACACAGCAGCCCCGUCACGCUGUACGACUGCCACGGGAUGAAGGGCAACCAGCAGUGGAGAUACAGGAAGGACAGAAGUAUUUAUCACCCGAUCACAAACAGCUGCCUGGACUGCAGUGGGCCAGAGAGACGAGUCUUCAUGAGAGGCUGUGACUCUACAUCACAGACACAGCACUGGCUCUUUGAGAAAACAAACUCCACGGUCUUGGAGGAGUUCAACAGAGACACUUAAACGCUCUCACUUCUUACCAGUACAGAGUUUAUUACAGGGGUGCCAGGGCUAACUUGGGUAUUUUUUUAAAGGUUUUAUAAGAAGAAUAAUGGUUAGAAGGGAUAUUUCUCAGGAGUGAUUUUAUUGAUGCAAUGGGCAAGCCAGGCUAGAUAUACAUUGUCUUGAAUGUGAAAACAAAACUGAAAAGUUGGGUGAAACCUCUCACUGCUGUCCAGUAUUGAAAUCUGAAUGGCUGGAGUAAUGUUGUAGACUUGGUGAGUUAGAAUUGUGUGUCCUCCAUGCAGGGCAAUGACAGAGACAAACCGGUACCAAACAAAGACAGACACAUUCGAUACUUUGCCAAAUUGCACAAAAAAUGUAAUUGCUGAAAGCACAAUUGAAACUUAAUACCAGGGAUCCCUUUGGAAAGAAACCAUGAAGGCACUCUAGCAAUCAAAGAGCAGGCAGAUUUAUGAAAUGGCGCACUUCACUUAAGAAUUGAAAUUUAAUUUCACAUCAUUUUAUGAUGUUCUUGUAUUGAAUGCAUUACAGUGAACUUGGAGGGUAUGUUCUGCACUAAAACAAAAGGGUGCCUUUUGCAAUUCUUCUCUUGUGGCUUGUCCAACUUGUACUUUAUUGUUUUGAUUGAAAUGCAUUGCUGUAAAUGUUAAAGGGAGAUGUUGUUUUAUUUUAUGCAGGAGCUCUUGCAAUGUUAAACUUGAAUGGAAUUCCAGUACCUUGCAGCGCACGUAUUCCUGGAGGGAUUGUUCCUGAUCUGGUGGUAAAGCUGCAGUGUAUUUGAAUGUGCAAACGUGUUUUCAUUGAGGAAAUAAAUAACACAUUGUUUCUAAAUUACUGCGGGGCAAAACAGACAAAUGUUUUCAAAAAGCCUGUUUGUUAGGUUUAGAGUAAUAUAUUGUAGCUUUAGAACUACAGUUUAAUAAAGGGAUUUAUUGAAAACAGUUUAAAAUCAAAUUUCAAAGGUGCGGAAUCGCCAGAAAGCAGCUUCUUCAGCAUUUGAGAAUUGUUGCAAUAAAUCAGGCUGUGCAGUGUGCAAUAACACACAGCGAAGAGAAAACUCCACUUAACCAAAAUGAUCAGGAACAAAUAAUGCUUUGUAAAAGUGCCCCAGCAUUACUGUACAGUCAUAGCAUUCUCUCCACCUCUCUCAUCUGCUGCACCUUGUUAGAUGGCUGUGUGUGCUGCUUCACAUUUGACCAGGGCUGUUGCAAAGCUAGCACUGGCUUUUAGGGGUUAUUUAACAAUGUCCAGAAUUGCCACCUCAUAUAGUGGGGACAGAUAUAUAACAAACUCUUCUAGUCUGUAUAUGGGGACAUAUGGAAGACACACAUGCAUGAUAGCCUCAUAUGAGCCAGGUGCACCCCCCCAUUUAUUGUGUGUCCAAAAGACUUUUUCCCUUGUUUUCAAUAUUUCAUGCAUGGAAGGGUUGAUGGUUCUCAGUUUGUUUCAUUUGAAGGUCUGUUGCUGGUUACUGUGACGGCUAUCUUUGGACUUUCUCUGCUGCUAGUUUGAGAUUCCACUCUCUUUUUACAUUACGCUUUGAACAAGUUUGGAAUUUAUUUAUUUUUUCCUCCGCUAGCGAAUGUAUUGUUUCGCGCACAUGCUGCUUACACGCGGCGCGCUGUCUCUCCACGUUACUGAAACACAUUUACAUGAGACUGAAUGAAUACAUUAGCACUGAUGCUGAUCAGCCCUGGAAAUACAUUCCAUGCCAAACAAGGUAUUCUUUUUGUAUGAAUAAAUAUUGAAUAUCGCAAGCAGAGAAAAGAAUUAAUGAAUGAAUGUCAUCCAUAAGUAAAUGAGAGGAAAGAAAUUGAAAUACCAAAGAUGCUUGCAUUCAGUUUCUAAUUUACACAAAUACACUGUCUGCCUGCCUGCCUGCCUUCCUGUCUGUUUGUCUGCUGAGAAUCCCCAUGUUAUUGUUAUACAUCUGACAUUUUUCAUUAUAUUUUGUAACGUGUUCUUAUUGACAGUGCAGUGGAUUUUAUUGCCUCCUUGCAAACACAUUUCACUUGACAGAGGGCUUGGAAAAGAAACGCUUUGAAUUAUUAUGGGAUUAAAGGGGCUUGGUAAAUAACCUACAUGUUGGAUCAUUUUGUUUCUGGACCAAUACAAAAAUAAAUGUUGCUGCUGGGGAAGAAUUGACAAUAUUUUUUACAAUGUAAAACAUUAUGGUCCAUGUGGGGGAAGAGCUUCUUGUAACCCUAAAGUUUGAGAUACAAGGUUUGUCAUUUCCACUGAACGGGGAUCCCAAGUAGAUAUUUUGUAACUUCAAAUUUUCUGAUUUUUUUUAAACUGCCUUUUAGAUAACUGUAAAAAUGUACUUCGAUAUUUAACAAACUGUAAAACUAAAUGAGAAUUGUAUAAUAUUUUUGCUGAGAUUGUAAAUUAAAGUGUCUUUUAUAUAUU